GGGUGGGGUGGGCGGGGCUUGGCGCUCAAGUGGGUGCCAAUCAAAGCAUCAACUUCAAAUUGUAUCUGAAAGAUCAGCCGAGGACCUUAGGGCAGGCGCAUCAGUCGGAGCUCAAUUGUUGAUCAGAUCACAUCUAAGGGAUUUAGGAGCACAGACGAGCCGAGAUUUGAGCGAAGACGCCCCACCGAGUCCAUACACACGCGCUGCCGCCUCCUCCUCCUCCUCAUGCAGAUUACAAGACCCGUCUGAGAGAGGGAGAGGGAGGGAGGGAGAGAAAGAGAAAGCAAGCAAGCCGAACUAAAAAGAGAAUCACCCAGACGGGUUUUCUUCUCCGCACGGCAGCCUGCCUAGCGUCAAAGAGAGAGAGAGAGAGGAGAGCCCAGCCAGCCAGCCUGGGCUCCGCUCAGUCCCCCUCUCGCCUGCCUGCCAGCUUCCUACUACUCCUGCUGCUGCUGCUGCUGCCGCCGCCACCGCCUGACUUCUGGCUCCGUCUUGCCCGUCGGCGGUGCGUGCUGUCCCUCCUCGCCUGGGCGCCCGGGAUGUCCUUCCCGCAGCUGGGCUACCCGCAGUACCUCAGCGCCAGCCAGGCCGUGUACGGCGGGAGCGAUCGGCCUGGGGUGCUGGCAGCCGCCGCCGCCGCUGCUGCCGCCGCCGCCGCCUCGGGCCGUCCAGGAGGCGCGGAGCUGAGCAGCGGCUCGACUGCCGCCGUCACCUCGGUGCUGGGCAUGUAUGCCGCCGCUGCCGCCGCUGGGCCGUACAGCACGCCGAACUACAGCGCCUUCUUGCCCUACACCGCCGAUCUGAGCCUCUUCUCCCAGAUGGGCUCCCAGUAUGAACUGAAGGACAACCCAGGAGUCCAUCCAGCUACCUUUGCUGCUCACACCACACCUGGUUAUUAUCCUUAUGGGCAAUUCCAAUAUGGGGACCCAGGGAGGCCCAAGAAUGCAACCCGCGAGAGCACCAGCACCUUAAAGGCCUGGCUGAAUGAGCACCGCAAGAACCCCUACCCAACCAAAGGCGAGAAGAUCAUGCUGGCCAUCAUCACCAAGAUGACCCUCACACAGGUCUCCACCUGGUUCGCCAACGCCAGGAGGAGGCUCAAGAAGGAGAACAAAGUCACAUGGGGAUCAAGGAGCAAGGAUCAAGAGGAUGGCAACCUCUUUGGGAGUGACAAUGAGGGGGAUCCUGAGAAAAAUGAAGAUGAUGAAGAGAUUGACCUGGAGAGCAUUGACAUAGACAAAAUUGAUGAGAAUGAUGGAGAGCAGAGCAACGAGGAGGAGGAGGAGAAAGUCGAGCUCCUGAGGCAAAGCAGUGAAGAAGAGCAUUUGGAGAAAGAGAAGACCUUGCCACUCUCAGGCCCUGAAGGACUUAAGCCCAAAGAGGCCCUGUCCCUUGUGAAGGACGCCUCAGACAACCCCACCCGAAUCCUGAGCCCUAGCAGGCAAAACAACCUCCAAGGCCCACCUCACAACAAGCCCAAAAUCUGGUCCUUGGCAGAGACUGCAACCAGCCCUGAUGGGACACUCAACAAGCCAACUCCUCCCUCCCCUCCUGCCCAAGUGAACCACACUUCACCCCAGCUCCAGCACCCGGCUUUUCUCCCCAGCCAUGGACUUUACACCUGUCAGAUUGGCAAAUUUCACAACUGGACAAAUGGGGCAUUCCUUACCCAGAGUUCCUUGUUAAACGUGAGGUCCUUUUUGGGAGUUAAUCACCACCAUGCUGCCCAUCAUAACCACCAUCUUCAGGCCCAGCAGCAAUCCUCCGUGUUAACAGCCCUCAGCACUGAAAAGCCUUCAGAGAGGACCAGCCCCAAACACAUAGAAAGAGAAAACGUACCAAGGACCGACUCUCCGCCUCAGCAGUUAAAAUCCCCCUUUCAGCCUGUCCGGGACAACUCUUUGACUCAGCAAGAGGGAACAUCGUGAAUUUUAACAACUCUCCCUUCUGCUUGAUUAAGUGGGGGGUGUUUUUGGUGGAAAAGAAAAUUUCACAGACUGGUCUAAAGGACAAAACAAAAAAGUGGAAAUUAUCUAAAUGACUCCCAUCAGUCUCUUUUUGCAAUAAGGUGGUACCAAUCCGUUUUCUUUUUUUAAAAGAAGUCCUUAAAUAGGAUUCUCCCCUUUUCUGUUGUUCCAUUUUCAGAAUGUGUAAUUCUAACCAUGAUUGGAUCAUUGUUUUGGUAAAGAUUUCUCACGUGUUUGUGUUAUUUUUUUCUGUAUAUAAAGUGACUUCAAAUUGUAAAUAGUGCCACAGCAAAAACUUGUCUAAAUCGUAUAUUUUUGUCUAAUAAACCAAAUGAAAUUA